UUACAUCUGGAGGAUACGAAAUGAAGUCGAUCUUAAUCACUGGUUGCAACCGCGGGCUUGGACUGGGCCUGGUGAAACAUCUAGUGAAGCAAUCGCAACCGCCGGAGAAUAUUUUUGCGACUUGCCGCGACGCGAAUAAAGCGAAGGUAAGAUGUAGAUCACAAGUCAUUAUUUUCCUAUUUAAAGAUUUGACCGACACGAAGAAUUACGACAAACUGGUACAGAUAGUGAGCGAAAAAGUAGGCAAUGCUGGAUUGAACGUCUUGUUCAAUAAUGCUGGUGUUAGUUCAAAAUUCACGAGACUCGGUCUCGUCAAAGAGGAACAGCUUACACAGAUGUACUUCGUGAACACAGUAGCUCCAAUUUUGCUAACAAAAGCAUUUCUACCGCUGUUAAAAUUGGCAGCUAAUAAUUAUGAGGACAAGUCGAAAAUGAAUAUUAAUAGAUCGGCAGUAAUUAAUAUGUCCUCCACCCUCGGAAGUAUCGCGGAUAAUCAAUCGGGUGGAUUUUAUCCGUACAGAUGCAGUAAGGCAGCGCUUAACGCAGCCACGAAGUCGAUGAGCAUCGAUCUAAAAGACGAUGGGAUUCUCGUGAUUUGUUUGCAUCCCGGUUGGGUACGUACAGAUAUGGGAGGAAGCACCGCGCCUAUGGACGUUGAUACUAGUAUCACUAACAUCCUGAAUACUCUGAGUUCAUUAACUGAAGAAAAUACGGGUUCUUACAUUCAACACGACGGGAAAGUGCUACCCUGGUGAACACAAGUUUUACACCAGUCCUACACUUUCAUUUCUUUACUUUGGAAUAUUCGCAUUUUUAAUAGACAGUAAGAAUAUUAUUAUAACAAAUUCGUUUAACAAUUUACAGAAUUCAUCAAGAAAAGCUGUUAAUUAUAAUAGAAUCGAGGUAUUAAAGAAGACAUUGAAAUUAA